AUUGGCAUUCCAGAGUCGAACUGUACGGUCCUGGCCGCCAGUAAGGAUGUAUUUCGCGCUGCCUUUCGCAUAGCGAGCGACAUUGACGGGCCCCUUAUGGCCAUCGAGGGUAACAUGGAGUGUCCUUGCCAGAGCUUGAGUACCUUGAGUACCUCGAGAGGGAGCCAUUAUUGGGAGAGGGUGUACAAACUGGACUGACAGACUUGGCUUCACUUUUUACCAUCAUGACCAAACAUCGCCUCUCGCCUGCAUCUCUGCCGCCGUCCAAGCGCCUCCACGGUAUAAAUUCUGACAGUUCACAUCCCUCUUCGACACCCAAGCUGACGUUCGAAACUGCCUUAUACGAUGAGCUCAUUCUCUGCAUCUUUUCCCAUCUUUCCUGGGUCGACCUUUGUGCUACCCAGUCCACCAGCAAAACUUGGUGCAGACUUGCCGCUGACAAUGAAUUAUGGAGGAUCCUCUAUCUCCGUGUCUACGGCCGUCCACGUUUGCGUGGUGCCAGGGGCUUUUUUGGCAGAGCAGACGGUCGCGAGGUCAGGUCCCUGCCCGAUCGAGCCAAGAUAGAAGACUUGAAGGACUGGAAAUGGAUGUUUCGCAUAAGCUCCAACUGGCGAACAGGCCGGUGUUUAGUGGAACAAUUUAGCGACAGUCCUGUCUUUCCCUCAUUGACUCGCUUGGAGUCCAAUUUUUCUCAUGACGAGCGGACGCACUUACUAUUGGCCGGGUCUCUGACUAUUAUUGCAUCAUCACGAGAGUCUCUGACCCCAGAAAUUCAUGUCAGAGCACCUUCAGGUGUUACCCAUACUCUGCUGUGUAGGUCCUCUCGCAGCACCGCACCCAACAGAAUUACGGCGCUCUCUUUGGACCAGUCAUCUCCCGUGUCAGGUCGGGUGCAUCUUGCUGCCUUUCUCUCCAGUGGAGAGUUCACAAUAUACCAUAUUCACCAUACACAUCUCGUUGGUUCAAUAGCCAAGUUAACCUAUGUCCCUACCACACAAACGACGCGGACUUGCCCAAUUGUCCAAUCUGUGUAUCACCAUCCACUACUCAUUUCUCUAUCGCAAGACUUUGCCCUUUCCAUCUACGACCUUUCGGGUGAUACCGUAACCCAUACCCAAACGCUCACAUCGUUCACUUCCUUUCCGCCUACGUCUCUGGUUUUAUCUACCCCCUCGCUGUCCACGUAUAGACUGGUCGUGGCUUAUGCCAUACCAGUAUAUCCAGCUCAUUGGUCUGUUGGUGCCACAGAAGUCGUCAUCUCGGGACAUACAUCUAGGAUUUCACGUUCAUCGGCCCUGGCCCUUGAUACCGAGCCUAUGACAGUUGUGUCUACACGAACAACUCGAUCGUUUGAUAUACCCUCAGGGUGGAUCGACGAGCGUAAAGUUCGCUCCAUUCGGGAGCAAUGGAGUCGAAAGGUAUCGUUUAUAGCAGAUACACAGACUGACGGUAAAUGGGUAGUCCUGGCUCCUGCUGGCGGCCUUUCAAAUAGCACCUCACUAUCCCCUAACAACCAUCCUUUCACUGCUCCUUACAUCGCAUCUCCCAUGCACUCACCCACAACGCUGCAAUUAUAUCGUCUCUCACUUCCACCGAUGUCCUCGGUUGCAUCCAGUCCACCAAAGUUAACCUUUGCACGGAAUCUGCACGGACAGAUAGGCCCAGUAUCAUCUUUGGCUCUGGCUGAUGGGAGAUGUGUCAGUCUUGGACUGAAUGGUAGUGUGUGGGUCUGGGAUUUGGAAGCAGGCACUAGUGCUAAAGUCUGCGAUCCAGAAUCUUCACCACCCGUGUGUGGCAAGAGAACGUUGGUAUUUGACGAACGAAGGGUGAUUAGUUCUGGUCCCGAGGGUAUCGUUGUUCGAAGAUUCGACGUGUAAACACGAUUCUUCUCCUUCUCUUAGUUGAUGGUUAAAUUUUUUGAUCUCGUUGUAUAUAUAUUAUGUAAUAAUUGUAUUACAAUAUCCCUUGAAUAGAACGUGCGGCGGCUCGCCUGCGGCCGAAACAUCCUUGAACAAGAUUGGUAUCGUAGAACGCGUAUCAAGAGCGUGGUGCUCUAGAUGUCCUCUUGUCCAGACACUGCGGCUCCAACUCGAUUGGCAGUCGUUGAGGAAAGGCUGGUAGGCCAGAAAGUGCGUCUGGCAGGCAAGACUUGGAAUUCUCCUG